AGGAAGUAAACUAAAGGCAGACACACAAGCAGGUUGUAAAUCGCUAGUUUAUGAAGUGUUUUGAUCAGUUAACAGAUCAUAUCAUUUUGACUUGAGGUAUAUUGUUUAUUCAACAUGCUGAUCAAAGUUAAGACUCUCACUGGAAAAGAAAUAGAGAUCGACAUUGAGCCCACAGACAAGGUGGAGCGAAUUAAAGAAAGGGUAGAGGAGAAGGAAGGGAUCCCCCCGCAGCAGCAGAGACUCAUCUACAGUGGAAAACAGAUGAAUGAUGAGAAGACAGCAGCAGACUACAAGAUCCAGGGAGGCUCGGUGCUCCAUCUUGUGUUGGCGCUAAGAGGAGGAUCAACGGUCCACAGUCCCGGCUGCAUACACCUCUCCUCUUUGUCAUGAGUUGCUGUUGUCAUUGGGCCAGCUGAGUGCCAACGCUUUAGGUGUCUGUCUCCGUCUAACCAUGUUACAGCACAAAGAUUUGAAAUCCCACGCUCCUGGGCCAAUGCUAAAAAAAAAAAAGAAGAGAAAAAAAGAAAAAAAAUCAACAAGAAAGGACGUUCUUAUUCCUUGGUAGAUGUUUUUCAUAAACCCACAUUGGCUUUCUGAGUUUGACCAUUUGAUGCAGGCACCCAUGCAGUACAAGAGACAGUUUGAGAACACUGUGGUCUUUUUGCUUGUGAAUAAAUGCUGAAGUUAAUUUAA